GGGGGCCAGGGUUGGGGGGGGUGCAGUGUAUGCGAAGGAAAGUCUUUUGGGGGGGCGCGAAAAGGAGGGCGUGAGGCAGAGGGAAGAGAGGGAGCGAACGAAGAGGGAUGGGGGAGGAGAAUGCGGAGCGGGGGUGGGGGGGAAUGCCUAGCACGUGACGGGGACUGUAGCGCUGCGGGGGAUGGGGGGGAGAGGGAGGGAGCCAGGCUCGAGGAGGAGAGAACGGGGGAGGAGAGCGUUUGAGGUGGGAAUCCCGAGAGGCAUAGGAGAAAUAGAGGGAGGAGCAUCUAAGGAGUGACGGGGUUAGGGCGAGGAGACUUGAGAGAAAGGGACGGGGAAUGGAGGAAAGGCUGAGAUAAAAGGGAGGUGAAAGGUUUAGGCCCAAACUUUUGAGAAGAGUCGAGGGGCACGAUGUGUAUACAGAGUGAUUCCCGGGAUUUGAAGAUGGCUGCACAGUCAGCUCCGAAAGUUGUGCUAAAAAGCACCACCAAGAUGUCUCUAAAUGAGCGCUUUACUAAUAUGCUGAAGAACAAACAGCCGAUGCCAGUGAAUAUUCGGGCUACGAUGCAGCAGCAACAGCAGCUAGCCAGUGCCAGAAACAGAAGACUGGCCCAGCAGAUGGAGAAUAGACCCUCUGUCCAGGCAGCAUUGAAACUUAAGCAGAAGAGCUUAAAACAGCGUCUAGGUAAAAGUAACAUCCAGGCACGGUUAGGCCGCCCCACUGGCCCCCUGGCCAGGGGAGCAGUUGGAGGUCGGGGUUUGCCCAUGGGCCAGAGAGGCUUGCCACGAGGAGGAGGACUUCGUGGAGGACGUGCUACAAGAGCCCUGCUAAGGGGAGGGAUGUCUCUUCGAGGUCAAAACCUGCUCCGAGGUGGACGAGGCGUAGCUCCCCGAAUGGGAUUAAGAAGAGGUGGUGUCCGAGGUCGUGGAGGCCCUGGGAGAGGGGGCCUAGGGCGAGGAGCAAUGGGCCGUGGAGGAAUCGGUGGUAGAGGUCGCGGCAUGGUGGGCCGAGGACGAGGGGGCUUUGGUGGUCGUGGUAGAGGUCGUGGACGAGGUAGAGGUUCUGCCAGACCUGCACUGACCAAGGAGCAGCUUGACAACCAAUUGGAUGCAUAUAUGUCGAAAACAAAAGGACACCUGGAUGCUGAGCUAGAUGCAUACAUGGCUCAGACAGACCCUGAGACCAAUGAUUGAGGCCAACCUUCCUGUUAGAGACAAUUCUUCAAGUUCAUUACAUCUGUAAGGACCCUGAGCUAACAAAUAAGAAGACGUGACAGAUGCUGAAAGGAUCUAUCAUAAUACGUUGUGGACUUUAUUCAGCCACCAGUUCAUACAUUUUGUGUGUUCUUUUAUUUUUUGAUACUGUGUUGGAUGAAACGUUUGUGUUGUGUUUUGUUUUGUUUUUUCUUUUUAAUUGGUUUUAUAUAUUUUUUUUUCUAUACUCCUCUCUGAACUUGAAUGUGACUGCCUGGUAACUGGAAUAUUCCUCCUCCCCCACAUCACCCACAUAUGCACUGACAUGCUAAUAUUGUCCCCAUUCAGUCUUACACUGAGGCACUAGAGCUCCUCCUCAGUUUAGAGGUUUUAAAGAGAGGGUGAUAAAAGAAAUAGUAAUAGUUCUGUUCUAAAUCUUGCACACUCACUGGCCUCUUACAGAAAACUUUUUAGAAAUCUGGAGAGAGAAGACAUUUAGACACACUGCAGCAAUUGUGAGGGAGCUAGUUUGUUAUCUUGGGAGCCAGGUAACAAUCCUUUAAUAAGUUACCAAUGGUAAUCAAAUUUUUACCAUUCAACAUCAGGGUGUUAUCCAUAGUAAUAAGCCAUCUUUCUUGAUACAGAAGCUUUCCUUCUGUUACUUGUAUCAUGAACAAAAUGGGUAAUGGUCAAUCUUAUUUACCUGCAGCAAAUGUUUGGCAGAUUCUUAAGAGGGGAGGGGAGUGAGAGAAUUGCGGCAGGGUAACUGCCAGGUGGGUUCUGAGAACACCUUAGAAGUGCUAUUAUCUUUGUUAACAGUUUUCAGUGUAGAACAACUUUGGAUUUUACCCCCACGUUGGCUUUGCUUAUCUCUUUCUUUCCCUUGAAGUUUUAAAGUUCAGUCAUAUCUUUGUCAGCUAUUCCAGUUUCAAUAGAAUCUUGUAUUUCUGGUUCAUUGUAACAAAGAAGAAACAGUUCUCAUAUCCAA